AAAAAAAAAAAAAAAAAGGAGAAUUCUUCAUUAUUAUUCUAAUGUUUAUUUCGUUAAAGUUUGUUAAACGUUUACAAAAAAAGAUUUCAUUAGAAUAUGAUUUCCAUCCAUGUCCAAAGUGCAAUCACUGUGCUUCAGUACGAUUAAUACGUUCCGAGAAACGAUUCAUUUUAUUCAAUAAGUGUAUUUACAAUGUAAUGCGUGUUAGAUAUGAAUGUUCAAGAUGUAAUUGGCGCAACCAAGAAUUACCUAAUUAUUCUAAUAAUGAAAUAUAAUAUAAUCCAACGAAAAAAGAAUUGAUUUAUAAUUAUUGCAAUAUACCCAAAUAUGUGUUACAGAAUAAUAAACUUUUUCCAAUAACUCGUAGAUAUAAAAAAAGAAAAUAUGUACUUAUUUAUAUACACAUGUAUACACAUAUACUUUUAUUUGUUUUGAGGAUUGUGAAAAUUGGUGAUGACUAAAAAUGCUUAUC